AUGUUGAACUGGUGGCUCAUAGUACUUAUCGUUGUAUGUUCUCUUUUGUGCCUUGCGAUCGCCAUAUACGUGCUUUACUACUUCUCCUCGGAGGAUGAUCACGAGGGGAGCUAUUUAACCAAAGUGAUUAUAGUUUUCGGCAUACUUUUGGCUAUAGGAGUGGUACUUUUGCUUCCCUUUGAUGCCUCUAACGCCAGGGACCCCACUGUGGGAAGUAAAUACGUUAACACGCUGAAUACAGACCUCAUGUGGGAGAUUGUCUUGUGGUCACUUGCUGUCAUGGCACUGGUGGUUGUUCCUUUUACAGUAUUUUUCUACGAGGCAUAUGAUCCCGAUGAUGAGAGCUUCUCCAAACAGUGCGGGCAAGCGAUCACUUUAACACUCAUUGUAUCCUUUGUGUUCAUUGUAAUAACUGCCGUCUGCUUUUUGAGUUUUGGUACGGCACUUGUUCCAGUGGAGUUAUAUGAGGCUCUGCCGCAGAUAGUAGAUGACAUUGACAGAGUGUCGUAUAAUACCACCAGUGACAAGGACAAGUUUGAAGUGCAUGUGAGUAUAUUCACCUACGUUGUUGGUGAACUCUGUCUUGUUGGGUGGAUUGCAUUCUUCUUUUACGCUGGUGUAGGACUUGUUUCGGUUCCCGUCGAUUUAAUCCGUGGCUUUAUAAAUCGGCCGAAACCGAUAAGUGGAUCCACCUUUGCACAGGAGAUGGCCGUUAUCGCAGCAAAGGGAGACACACUGCUUUCGGUAGCGCUUGCCCUUCAGAACGAGGCGCGGGGUAAAGUUCCAAGGUCAAUGCGGAAUAAAAUUUCAUUUCUGCGUGCUGAGACACAUGUUCUGGAGGAGGAACAGGAGGAACUCAUAUGGAACUAUAAAAAGGUGGGCGGGUCACCGUUCAUCGUCUAUGGAAAGCUUCUGAUCGGAAUUUUGUCUGUCGCCCUCAGCAUUUCCUGGGUAUUGCAAAUAUUUCUGCACAAUACAUUCAAAAUAGUGCCAUUUCUUAGUACACUGGUUACCGCGCUGGAUGAGGUGUUUCCACUUUUUGGUAUCAUAACCUAUGGUAUAUUUGCUUUCUACUUGGUGUGGAUUACGCUAGAAGGUCAAAUCCGUGUUGGGCUGCGAUUUGUUUUCUUUCAGAUCCAUCCCAUGAAACCACAUGAUACGACUCUUAACUCUAUUGUGUUUAACGUGGGUUUGCUGCUCCUUACGAGUUAUGCCAUCCUGCAGUUCACUACGCGCUCCUUCAACGAAUACAUCCCACGGACCUCAAUCAAUGCCCUGAUGAAUCUGUACGUGAUGAACCUUAAGGGCAUCGGAGUUGCCGUAGAGUGGGCGCAGUUUUGUCUUCUUGGCGUUUCAUUCUUGGGACUUCUGUUUGUACUUGCAUGCCCUGCGAAAAAUGCGGCAGCGCGACCCAAGAAGCCAAACUAUUCAACAUAA